AAUGGGUGAACCGCAAAGCCGUAAACGCAAAUUCAAAGGAAAUACUAAAACUAAUAAUAAUGAAGUCAAAGAUGUAGAAGUGACUACCGAAGAUAUAAAUGAAAGCGAAGUCAUCAAAGUAACUAAUAAGGCCAAGAAAAACAAGCUAGUAGAAAAGCCCGCUGAAAUAAAUGAAAAUGAUACUAGUGAAGUUAAAACUAAGAAAAUGGAGUUUGUAGAAACAUCAAAUAAAGAAGUAAGUGAAAGUGACGUGAGCAAACCUAAAAAUAAGAAAGCUAAAAAGAAUAAAACUAAGAAAUCUGGUGACAAUGAUAAUGAUGAAGUAGUAGCUAAAAAAGCGAAGAUUAGCAAGGCUGCGGCGUCUGCAGAAACCGUCAAGGGUGGCUUGACUGAGGAAAUGGUAGCAAAGUAUCCCGUCCUUAAAGAUGAGGAGCUGGUGAAGAGGUUCUUGGCUGUCAGUAUGUCAAACAACCAGAAAGGUCGCGUCCGGGUAACCCUCAGAGACAGUCUCAAAGGCACCUCAGACGCCAUGCUACCAGACGUCAUCCACACCAAAAUGCAAGCCAUACUCAAACUACCCGACCCGUCCGACUCCGACCUGAGGAAACUUAGAAUACUAUACAACAUGUUGAAGACCGCCGUUAAAGGGACGAAAUUUGUUAAAAAGGAGCCAGUCAAGAAGAUACAAGAAGUUAAGAAGAUAAAAGAAAAUAAAGAAGAUAAGGAAGAGAAUGCGGAAGAAAGUAAAGAUAAGAAGCCGGAGCAGAAAGUGAAGGGGCCUAAAAGAUAUGUUGUCUUUAUAGGGAAUUUGCCCUUGGAUAUCAGUAAAGAUAAGAUAUCAGAACACUUUUCCGACCUGAGCAGUCAGAUCGUAGGCGUGCGGAUCCCCAAGCCCUUGGAGAGUAAAAAAAGCGCCAUCGCGUAUUUGGAGCUCAAAGAUGAAUUUAGUUAUGAACUGGCCCUGUCUAAACACCACUCCAUGCUGGACAACAAGAGGAUCAACGUGUUGUACUCCACACAGAAAAACUCCAAGAUCACCAAAACUGAGGCCAAGGGUAAGGCAGCAAAGCUAGUAGCCAUGCAGAAAUCCGGGCAGCUCGCCGGCAGCACACCUCAAAGUAAGAAGAGGAGUGCUCGACGCAAGAAGAUGAAACUGGCCCAGAAAGCCCUGGAGGCUAAGGAGAGGGGAGUCUGAGCGUAGCGAGCGUCUCUAACAACUUUGUUUUUGAGGUGUCUACGUAAUGUUUUAUUUAGUCGUUGACUACAUUAUAUGUAUUUAUUAAGUUGUA